AUGCCUGGCACUGUUGGAAAAAUGCUGGGCACUAAUACUACUUGUGCCAGUGCUCAUAUAAGGCCUAUUUGUAUUGGUAACAAAUUUCCAGGGUUAAUUAAUGUAAUAUUUCAAUAUCUCGAAUCAAUGAACAUUGUUAUUGAAACAAGAUAUUAUUUGGGAAAGUAUCUUGAAUUUAUUGGCAUGCGAGAUAGUG